GGUGGAUGAAUGGGUGGAUGGGUGGGUGGGUGGAUGGAUGGAUGGAUGGAUGGGUGGGUGGAUGGGUGGGUGGGUGGAUGGAUGGAUGGAUGGGUGGGUGGGUGGAUGGAUGGGUAGAUGGGUGGCAGGGUGGGUGGAUGGAUGGGUGAGAGGUGGCUAAAGGAACGGACCUACUAUGGGCCGGUGGAUGAGUGUCUAGAUGGACGCUUCCUGCUCCCACGGCGGACCUCAGGGGCCUGGAGCCCAAGCCCAGGAAGUCCCGGUCGCCCAGUGCCCGCCCUCUCGAUCCCCCUCCAUGGGGGUCACUGAGAGGCCGGGCUGAGGCCACGCCCCCGCCACACCCCUCCAGCUGCCUUUCCUCCCCCCUCCCAAAGCGCGCCGCUCCCAUUGGCCGCGCCAAGCCUCGCGGCCGCUAGUCCAAACACACUCAGCCAAUGGGCGCCUUGAUAUGCAAACGAGCCGCUAUAAAGGGGCGCGCCGGGUGGAGGGCGCCGCGCUGCGCUGCGGGAGCGGCCGUGCGCCUGGUUAUGGCGGCGCCCCGGCUCCCGGGCGGGGGACGCGCGGCCCUGGACUGGGAGCGCGGUGGGGCGCGGGGCGACCGUAAGGCCCGGAAGCCCCUGGUGGAGAAGAAGCGGCGCGCACGCAUCAACCAGAGCCUGCGGGAGCUGCGGCUGCUGCUGGCGGGCGCCGAGGCGCGGGGGGGCCCCGGCCCGCACGUGCCGGCCAAGCUGGAGAACGCCGAGGUGCUGGAGCUGACGGUGCGGCGCGUGCAGGGCGCGCUGCGUGGCCGGGCGCGGGAGCGCCAGCAGCUGCAGGCGCAGGCGAGCGAGCGCUUCGCGGCCGGCUACAUCCGGUGCAUGCACGAGGUGCACACCUUCGUGUCCGCGUGCCAGGCCCUGGACGCCGCGGUGGCCGCCCCGCUGCUGAAGCACCUGCUGCGGUCCAUGCCGCUCCGAGGAGGCGGCCGCUUCCGUCACCUGCUGCCCGGGCGCGGCCACCGGACCCCGCCGCCCAGGGACCCCGACGACGACCCGAGCUCGGAGGCAGAGGAGGCUCCCGAGGCGGAGCCGAGCCGGCCGCCCGCGGAGGGGCAGGACUCGGUGCCCGCGGCCCGCACGGCCCGCGGCGUCUGGAGGCCCUGGUGACAGUGCGGGCCCGGGGCCGCCUGCAGCGGACCACGCAGCCUGCCCGCACCGUGCUGCCGCCC